GUCUGUCGUCUUUGUUGGCAAAACGUGUGCGGGGCUUACAAAACGCUAGUUAAUCAGCUAAAUUAAAAUACUUUGAUACUUAGUCGCAGUUACCAUUGAAACAAGAUGUUGUCUCGUUUGUUGAAGGAGCACCAGGCGAAACAAAACGAGCGGAAGGAGCUCCAGGAGAGACGCAGGCGAGAAGCUAUUGCUGCUGCCACCUGUCUGACAGAAGCUCUGGUGGACCACCUCAACGUCGGAGUUGCCCAAGCUUACGUGAACCAGCGUAAACUCGACCAUGAGGUGAAAACUCUCCAAGUGCAGGCGAGCCAGUUCUCUAAGCAAACUGCUCAGUGGAUCAGUAUGGUGGAAGGGUUCAAUCAGGCCCUGAAGGAAAUUGGGGAUGUGGAGAACUGGGCUCGCAGUAUUGAAAUGGACAUGAGAACUAUUGCCACAGCCCUGGAGUAUGUACACAAGGGCCAGCUUCAGUCUGCGUCCUGAGACAUGCCAGUGGGCGUGAAGCCGUUUACUGGUAUUUGUUACAGUUGAUGUUAAAUGCACUAGGAUGAGAUGAUUUUGUGUGACGUGAUUUUGCUCAAGCAGACCUCCAUUAGAAGUGGCAUAAAACCUCGUUAGUAGCAGUGACGUCACACAACUGCACAGCCUCUCUGAAUGGGC